ACAUGACAGGAUAAAAACUUUAACAAGAGUGUAUAUGAGUGUCUCACUCCUCGAACACAAACUGGAUUUCUUGAAGUGGGGAUCACAAGUCAGAUAUGAAGAUGUUUUGUAGUCAACUGUUUGUUUUGAUUUGUUUGUAUGCUGCAGUACAGCCGUCCAGUCAAACAGACUCCAGCUCUUUUCUCAUCUACAAUGAGGAUCACAACAGAUGUGUGAAUGUCAUUAAUGCCAGUGUUGUACAGACGGCACCGUGUGAUGUAUCUUCUGACGCUCAGCGUUUCCGAUGGGUUUCUUCUUCAAGAAUUAUCAGCGUCUCUCUUAAACUCUGUUUGGGGGCUCAAAGCGUUAAAGACUUUGAGAAAGUGAUCCUUCUGCCCUGUAAAGAGCUCAGUCCUCUACAGACCUGGGAAUGUAAGAAUGAGACCUUGUUUGGCUUAAAGGGUCAACCGUUACAUCUGAACUACGGCAAUAAUGAAGAGACAAAUGUGGUGCUGUUUAAGGGAAAUGGAUCUUGGAGUCGCUGGCAGAUUUAUGGGACUACAGACCAUCUGUGUUCUCAUGGAUAUCAAGAGAUUUAUACUCUGGAUGGGAAUUCAUUUGGAAAGCCAUGUCAGUUUCCCUUUAAGUUUAAGGACAAGUGGUACGCUGAGUGCAUCAGGGAGGGAAGAUCAGACGGCAAACUGUGGUGUUCAACUGAGACAGAUUAUGAUUCGGACAAGAAGUGGGGCCUCUGUCCAACCAAACGCAUCUCAGGAUGGGACAGUGAUCCAGUAACUGGUGUAUUAUAUCAGAGAAACACACAAUCAGCACUGACCUGGUAUCAAGCUCGAGCCAGCUGCCAACAACAAGAUGCAGAUCUUCUCAGUAUAUCAGAACUACAUGAACAGUCUUAUAUAUCAGGCUUGACAGAUCUCUUGGGUUCAGCUUUAUGGAUCGGACUCAACAGUCUUGACUUUGAGAGUGGAUGGCAGUGGAGUAAUGGAAACCCAUUCAGAUAUCUCAACUGGGCUCCAGGUAAUCCCUCUCUGGAGCCGGGCCUUAACUGUGCUGCAUUAAACGCUGGUAAAGCAUCCAAGUGGGAAAGUUUGGAAUGCAUUAAGAAGUUAGGUUACAUUUGCCGCAAGGGAAAUUCAACAGAUAUCACACCUUCAACAGGUAAAGAUCACCCUAACUUCUGUCCAGUGGCGUGGGUGCCGUACGCCGGUCACUGUUAUUAUCUGCAGCGCAUCAAGAAGACGUGGAGUGAUGCUUUGGCCGAGUGUCACAGAGAAGGAUCAGAUCUGGCCAGUAUUCACAACAUAGAAGAACACAGUUUCAUCAUAUCACAGACUGGUUACAUGUCGACUGAUGAGCUCUGGAUUGGUCUUAAUGAUCAAAGGAUUCAGAAUCUGUUUGAGUGGUCAGAUAGAUCACACGUCACCAUUACUAAAUGGUUUGUUGGAGAACCUUCACACAUCACAAAUCGAAUGGAGGAUUGUGUUCUUAUCACAGGACAGGAGGGAAAGUGGUCAGAUCAUCUGUGUGAGUCAGCUCAUGGUUACAUCUGUAAGAAGAAAGCUUCCAUUAAACCUGAAGGAUCUCCAGAGGUCAUCAGUCCUGGAUGUCCAGCUGGUUGGUUUAGGUUUGGCUAUUACUGUUAUAGCGUUGCCAUGGAAACAAAAACUUUUGAUGAUGCCAAACUGACGUGUAAGCAGACCGCAGCUAACCUGGUUGAUGUUGGCAACGGAUAUGAGAGCGCGUUUCUCAUCAGUCUGGUUGGUCUUCGACCUGAGAAAUAUUUAUGGAUUGGUUUGUCUAAUACUCAUCAGAAUGAGCAAUUCCAGUGGAUCAAUGGUGAUAAAGUCAAGUUUACACACUUUAAUGUAGGCAUGCCAGAUAAGCACCAAGGUUGUGUGGCAAUGUUAACAGGAACUUCAGCAGGAUUAUGGGAUGUAUUGGCCUGUAACACUAAACAGAAAUACAUCUGUAAGAAAAUGGCAGAAGGAGUCACUACAACCCGAGAGCCUCCAACCACACGACCUCUCAGCUGCCCGGAUAAUUGGAUUAAAAAAGAUCCAGGAAAUUGUAUUCGGAUCUACAGAAAGCAGAAGGAUGAGAGGAAGAAUUGGUUUGAAGCACGUGCCUUCUGUCGAGCUGUUGGUGGUGAUUUAGCGAGCUUUCAUUCAGAAAAAGAAAUGAAUGUUUUAUCGGUUUCCAGUUCAUACACGGCGUGGAUCGGCUUAACUUCAUUGGACAGUAAUUCUGGUUUUGUGUGGUCAGAUCAAACUCCUUCCGAUUAUGAGAACUGGGCAUCUGGUGAACCAAACAACUACAAGAAUAAUGAGCACUGUGUUGAAUAUGGCAGUAAUUAUGGACGCAAGUGGAAUGAUCGUGAUUGUGAAGCUUAUAUAGACUGGAUCUGUCAGAUUCCAAUAGGCAUAACUCCAAAAUCCCCACCGACAUCAGUCAUUCAAGAAUAUAACGAAACAUCUGAUGGCUGGAUUCAGUACAAUGGCAAUCAGUAUUUCAUUAAUCUUGAUCUGCACCCUAUGGAAGAUGCUCGUGCCUUCUGUAAGAAGAAUCAUGCUGAUCUUGUUGUCAUUAAUUGUCAGACUGAGAGAAGGUUUUUAUGGAAGCAGAUAUCCAAAAGUAAAGGGUCACAAACUCAGUACUACAUCGGGAUGACCUUAGAGUUGGACAAAACAUUUAGUUGGGUGGACGGUUCACCUGUUGUAUUCACUGCAUGGCUGCCAAAUGAACCAAAUUUCUCCAACAAUGAUGAGAACUGUGUGACCAUUUUGAAAAGCACAGGACACUGGAAUGAUGUUAAUUGUGGUCAUUCGUUAGCCUCGAUCUGUAAAAGAAGUGCAAAUUUUGUCAACACCACCAUGUCUCCAACCACUGUGCCAGCGGGUGGUUGUGCUCCUGAAUGGACUCUGUUCAGAGGAAAAUGUUACAAGUUUUUCGAUAAUAAGAUGAAGUGGCAUAAAUCACGAGAUCACUGCAUUUCACAUGGAGGCAAUCUGGUGUCCAUUCGGAGUCACACAGAGCAAUUUUUUCUCACAACUUUAAUGCUAAGUGCUGUUGAUGACAUGUGGAUCGGUUUAAAUGACAUUGUCUCAGAAAGAAAGUUUGUCUGGACUGACAAUCGAGCUUUCAAAUACACAAACUGGCUCAAAGGUCAACCUUCGUCAAGUUUACAGUCAAGAUACUACACUAUGAUGGAGAACUAUGACUGUGUUGUGAUGGUUAAACACCCAGAGAAGUCCACUGGUAUGUGGAAAGUUGAAGACUGUAAAGAUGAGAGAGGUUUCAUCUGCAAGAGGAACACAGACUCUCAGCUGUCUGCUCCCGUGACCACAGCAGUACCACAGAAAUACUUCAGUCUGGGCAAUGAUUCAUAUAAGGUCCAGCUGGAGAAGAUGAGCUGGGAUGAAGCGAGAAGACAGUGUAAAGCUGAUGAUGCUGAUCUUGCGAGUGUACUGAACUCCAUCAGUCAGGCGUACACCAGCCUACAAGUCGACAAACUCAAAGAACCUUUGUGGAUCGGACUCAACAGUAACCUGACACUUGGACGCUAUCGCUGGGUGGAUAACUGGUUUCUGAGCUACAGUAAAUGGGCAACAGGAGAACCCAAAAACAAUUUAGCUUGUGUUUAUAUUGACACGGAUGGAGACUGGAAAACUGCAGCGUGUAACAACACAUAUUAUUCCCUCUGUAAACGAUCAACAGUUUUUGCCCCUACAGAUCCUCCUCAGCUGCCGGGUAACUGCCCCGAAUCAGAUCAGACGAAAAGUUGGAUACCGUGUAGAGGACACUGCUAUACAUUCAUAACCUCAACGAGAGACAGCUGGGCUAAAGCCACAGUAGAAUGUAUAAGAAUGGGUGCAUCUUUAGUGAGUAUUGAGGAUCCAAUAGAAUCACAGUUUAUCCGACAAAACCUGGAGAUCCUGCAUGAUGAAGUCGAGUCAGUCUGGAUUGGACUUCACCGCAGUCAUAAGGGUGAUUGGAUGUGGAUUGAUAAUACGGUUGUGGAUUACACAAACUGGAAACCGGAGAUGCGGGGUGAUGGUGAAAAAUGUGUUGAAGUUCAGUCAAACACUGGGAUGUGGAGCACCAGCAGCUGUGAUGAUCGCAGAGGUUAUAUCUGCAAGACUGCUAAAGUUAUACCACCAACAGAGAAGCCAUCAGUCUCAGUUACACCUACAACAGCAAACUUAUCAGUCUCAGAUCUUCAGGUAUAUGAGAAGUCUCAUGUAUCGGCUGGCAUCGCUGUAGGGGUCGUGUUGGUCAUAAUCGCUGUCGCAGGUCUUGCCUGGUUUCUGUUCUUUAAGAGAAAUCCCAGGACUCUGAUUGGUUCUUUUGACAGCAGAGUCUAUAAUAACCUUUCAGAGCCUCUAACAGUUUUUGAUAGUAAAGAACCUGCUGCCAACACUGAACAGAAUCAAGAUGAAUAACACAUAAACACACACACACAGCCUUUAGUUUGAAUGAAAUGCUUAACUUCCACAAUAAUUAUGUUCAGGGGUCUCAUGCACCAAAAUGUUUUACAGGGGGAACAGCUUAAAAUAUUUAAACUGUAAAGUUUGUCAUUUGUUGUGACUUGUAAAAAUCAAUACCCUUGAGUGUCAAUGAUGUCACACUUAGCUGAUAAACGAAUGAGUGAUGUUUGUACAUGCAGAUGUAAAUGGAAUUUUGCCUGAUUGACAAAGUCACAUAAAGCAGUCAUACAACUUCAGAAGAUUAUAGGGGAUUUUCAUUUUCUAACUUUCACUGAAGAACAACCAGAUGUGGCUGUAUAGGACUGCAUAAUUAUUAAUUGCAACUAAUCAAUUGCAGAAUAAAAGUUUUUGUAUACAUCA